AUGGAGCUCGUGCUUAACGUCGCCGAGAAGCCCUCGGUCGCCCGCAGCAUCUCGGAGAUACUCUCCCAGGGCCGGAAGCGGACGGAGUUCACCAACGCUAAGACUAACCCGGUGUACUCGUUCGUGUGUCCGCUGGAGGGAAGACAAUGCAAAAUGUACUUCACCUCCGUCCGAGGGCACCUCAUGGAGCUCGACUUCGACCCCAAAUAUCGCAACUGGCAACGUACACCGGUGCAAGAGCUAUUCGAAGCGCCUGUAUAUUCCGCUGUAUCGCCUAACUGCAAGGAUAUAGAGAAAAAUCUCCUGCAAUACGCGAAACAAUGCGGGACGCUUGUGCUGUGGCUCGACUGCGACCGAGAAGGGGAGGCUAUUGCAUUCGAGGUGAUGACCGUCUGCCAAAGGGUAAACAAGAACAUCGCCGUACGAAGGGCGAUAUUCUCAGCCGUAACACGGUCCGACAUCGAAAUUGCGUGCAGCCGGCUGCGGGACCCAAACGCCAACCUUGCACAGGCGGUUGAAGCGCGCCAGGAAAUCGACCUGCGCAUCGGGUCGUCGAUGACGAGGUUCAUGACCACCAAGUACAAGGCCGGCAUAAGCACCGAGGCCAAGGUGCUGAGCUACGGACCCUGCCAAUUGCCCACGCUUGGGUUCAUCGUCGAGCGCUUUAGGAAGAUCGAAUCGUUCGUCCCCGAGGACUUCUGGUCCAUGCAGGUCCACAUUGAGCGGGGCGGGAAAGUGCAUACGUUCUUGUGGGACCGAGUGAGGCUGUUUGACAGGCUGGCCGUGCUCACCCUCUACGAGGCGUGUUUGGAAAACCCCAUGGCGAGAGUCACGCACGUGAACAACCGGACGACCAAGCGCUACCCGCCGCUGCCGCUGGACACGGUCGAAAUGCACAAGGACGCUGCCCACUACCUGAAAAUCUCGUCACACGAGAGUAUGCACCUCGCGGAGUCGCUGUACAACAAGGGGUACAUAAGCUACCCCAGAACCGAGACUAACGUUUUCCCGUCCUCCAUGAACCUGAUGAGCCUCAUCCAGCCGUUUACGACCCACCCGCAGUUCGGCGACUAUGCGUCCAAGCUGGUCAGGGGUGGCAAUAUCGUCCCGAGGAAAGGCAAAAAGAACGACGAGGCGCACCCGCCCAUCCACCCGGUCAAGCCAAUGCGCCGCGAGGAGGCGGAGUCGCACCGCAGCUGGCAGCUGUACGAGUACAUCACCAGGCGUUUCCUGGCCUGCUGCAGCCCGGCGGCAGUGGGUGACGAAUCGACCGUGUUCGUUGACGUCGCCGGGGAGGGGUUCCACUCCAAGGGCCUGGUCGUGAAGGAGCGCCACUGGCUGGACAUAUACCCGUACAGCACAUGGAAUGGGAGGACAAUCCCCGCCAUGGUGCAGGGGGAGGUGAUGAUGCCGCAGAAAAUCAUGCUCACCUGCAGCCGCACCAAGCCGCCGGGUCUCCUCACCGAGACCAACCUCAUCGACCUGAUGAGCAAGCACGGCAUCGGCACCGACGCCACGAUGCACGAGCACAUCCAAAAGGUGCAGGACAGGCACUACGUGGUCAAGGAGCCGAACUUCACGCUCAUACCGACAAACCUGGGAAAGGCGCUCUACUGGGCCUUCAAGAGCUACAGGCACACGGAAAUCGACCUGACUAAACCCAACCUGCGCGCCAACAUGGAGAGCGACAUGUGCCUGAUCGCAGAGGGUCAGAAGCAGAAGCAGGACGUCGUGACGCACUAUGCGCACCAGAUGAAGCAGAUUUUCCUGCACAUCAGGCACAACAUCGACGGAUUCGACACGGCCAUGCACGGCCUCGCGAAUCUAGCGCCUGACGAGGCGCCGAUGCCCAGUGUGAGGGCGUAG